AUGAAGUGCCAAGCACUGACUGUGAGAUGUCAGGGAGGAGGGCUGGUGUCGGAAAAUGGCCCAGAUGACUCCCACAAACACAGGGAAUCAGAAGAGCACAUUGCAGGACACAUACGAAAUGGAACUGAGCACAAAGUGGAACACCUUGAUACAUGUCCAGAACAAUUCUCUGAGGUACCAUAUUCAACGUGUUUGUUCACAGAUACCUUGGACAGAACUCUAGGAGACAAACGGCAUCUUGUGACUGUGGAAGUGGAAGCAAGGCCAGCUGAAACACCAUCUGUUACGCCAGUGAUCGAGUUUGCCGGAAGUGUCGGUGAAGAUCUUUUGAAGGUCUCCCAAGAGGCCAUUGAAAAUGGAAUUCACAGCGCAUGCCUCCAAGGACCAUUGCUCGGAUCCCCAAUUCAAGAUGUGGCAAUUACAUUACAUUCCCUGAUAAUUCAUCCUGGUACCUCCACAACUAUGAUUUCCGCAUGUGUCUCAAGAUGCGUACAAAAGGCUCUGAAGAAAGCCGAUAAGCAAGUUUUAGAGCCUCUGAUGAAUCUCGAGGUUACAGUAACUAGAGAUUAUCUCAGCCCUGUCCUGGCAGAUCUGGCACAAAGAAGAGGGAGCAUUCAGGAAAUCCAGACUCGUCAGGACAACAGAGUUGUUAUUGGAUUUGUUCCUUUAGCAGAAAUUAUGGGUUAUUCAACUGUGCUUCGAACACUCACAUCAGGCUCAGCUACUUUCGCCUUAGAACUAUCUACUUACCAAGCCAUGAAUCCUCAAGACCAGAGUACACUGCUCAGCCGGAGAAGGGGCUUGGCCUAAACGUUUUAGGUCCUUGGAGAGGAAUUCAGGAGCACCUGCCUACUUUAUUUUCAUUAAGGACGAUUUUUAUUGCUUUAUUUGUUGGGUAAAUAAAUUACUGUUUCAGUACAUUCAAAGACCUAGAUUGAAGAUGUGACUGGAAAACUGACAGUAGCACUGGAAGCACCCAUUUUAAUUCAAAUAAUGAGAAAUGUAUUUUGAUGUUCUGGACAGAUGUACCCGAAUCAUGUUCAUCUGUGAAGUUAUUACUUUUGGCAGUAAAGAGUCAACCUUGGCAGUAAAGACUCAACCUUUGGAAGGUUUUGUUUCCUUUGUUUUUUAAGCUUCUCUCACAAGAAAGAUGCCAAUCUUCUAUAUGUAAUGUAAAAUAGGACAGAGGUUGGUUCAAUCAAUAAAAAUAUUUUAUUCAAAAAA